AUGCGUUCUGUUGAUUUAAUGUGCAUAGUUAUAGUGAAAUAAUUUAAUAUCUUAUAUCUAGGUCAAAUAAGUUAGAAUAAAUUAUAAAGCUAUUUAAUUAGAUAAGUUCGCUUAAAGAAGAUGGAAAACUCAAUAUCUUUGGGAAAGAUUAAGAAACGCUGCUUUUAAAAUCAAACUUAAAAAAUAAGUUUUUGA